UUGAGGGAGGCAUGGCAACUAGGCGCCUGACUGAUGCCUUCUUAUUAAUGCGGAACAAUGCAAUCCAAAACCGGCAGAUUUUGGCUGAGCAAGUGAGUACACACGAGCCCCGUCGUGAUCUGAGUACACGUAGCAAUGCUGCGGUGAGUCUAACGUUAACCGUCUGGAUUGUUUUGACUUUUUGUGUGUGUGUGUGUGUGUGUGUGUGUGUGUUAGUUUGCUAGUCAGCUAGGUGAUCCUUCUUUAAUAUUAGGUAGCGAGAUCAUUGCUGCUCCGCUUAAUGUUGUUAAUCUCCUGUUUAACGCUGUGCUGCUAAGUGGCUUGCUGUCAGCCUGACAAACUAAAUUAUUUGUUGGUUCUGGCCUGCAGGGAUAAACGCAUAAAUGCUCCGUGCCUUUUUGUUAUUGGGCUGUAUGUUAUGGAUGAUCCAGGGUUAUGGAAUACGCCCGCUUUUUCGAGUUUAAAUAUACUAUGUUACUUGGUUGUUUGGCAAUAAUAGGAACAAAUGCUUGUUGCAUGUGAUUGCUUAAUAUUCCUGUGCAUCUAAAUUGCUUAACUGUCGUUUCAUCUGAUAACGGUUUUAUCGGUUAAUUGCACUAAGCAUUUAACCGUUCGGGUCAAGUACUUUCCCCUGAGGUACAACCCGCUCUCCUCGAAUUUGACCCGGCCACCUUAGGGUUACGAGUCCAUAUCGUUAAUUACUAUGCUUCUCCUUGCAUUCUGGGAUAUUUGUAUUUUAUGUAUUUUUUUUUUUAAUUGGAAGACAAGAUUUAAGGUUUCAUUGUAUAAUAAUAGUAAUAAAAUCGCAAGUGUAUUUAAAUUCAGACGCAGCGCUUUAAGUACCGCAUCCAGGCCCGCUGUAAAGGCUGGUUUACAGGAUGCGCCUUUCAGUAUUUUAAGAAAUGGACGUCACGCUUAUUCUCCGGUUAUUUUGAAAUACAGUCCGUAAGAUACGUAUUAAAGUGCCUGUGCGCUUCAUUUCAACGAUAGGAUUCAAGCUGACAUCAGCUGCCUGUCCAUUUAUCCCUGUAUUGCCAGGCCAGUCUCCCGGAUAUUUCUCGAUUUUACGAGUCUCCUUAAGUGUUUCCAGUUUUCUUUGCGCUGACGCAGUUAUCAGUUUGAUCAAUUAACUGGCAAUUUCGACGAUUUAAAGUGGAAAUGAAACGUCGCCUCAUUUCUCUGACCAUCAGUGUGAAUGAACGACUGCAGCAGUAGUGACAGGUUUGAGUCAUAAAGCAAAAAUGACAACUCUGUAAUAAUGCUGUUACGUUACUAUUAAAACGCAAAUCACAGUAGUAAAUAUUUACUUGUGUUUUUCCGUUGUGUACACAAGAGAAGAAAAUUCCUUAUAUAGUAGCGUGGAAGGCAAACUCACAGGUGCAUAUAGAGCAGCAGGUAAAUAUGCCUGUGAUCGAUUCAAACAACAAAGCAUUGUUAAGGAUAUGCAGCAAAAUCUAUUAAGGUUAAUGGGUUAAAUUUUGAAACAGUGCAAUAUCCUGGUGAAUGAUGGAAGAUUCUAGAAUAAAAUUGUGUGGUGUUAAUGAUGCGUAGGUACACUGCUGGGCUUCUCCCCUCGAGGCUACUCUGCUGUUCCGUAGGGAUGACUGAGAGUAAUGGUGCUGUUUUCUCUUUGGGAAGGUUUUUACAUUCCCAUGCUUGUGUUGGUUAGCAAAGUACAGUAAAAAUGUACCAGUGGCCCACAUCACUAGAGAGAUGUACCACAGGGGGGCCCAGGCUGAAUUCCCAGCAUGCUACGCAUUAGGGCAGCACUUAUUUAAGCUAGUUACUUACGGCUUUGCCUUUGAGGUGUCUUUAUUGCAGCUGUCUUUCGGUUUAUUUAGCAAAUAACCACAUUUCUGAGAGAUCGUGAAUGUCUUUAUUCUCUGCUGAUCGGUGCACUUAGUUCAGGGAAAAUCAGGGCACAAAUGACUGACAAGGAAUUUAACCUGACCCUGCCAGUGCAAGGCAAACAUACUCAUGAGGGAAAUGUGUAGAAUUCAAUAAGAAAUUAAAUUACUAGACUUAAAUUUCCAAGCAAAAGGUUUACAGGAAAGUCCACUGACAGAAGUUUUGACAGGAGUGUUUACCAGAGUCAUGCAGAUAUUCUCAUCAUUGUAUGUGUGUCUUACUUCAUCUACAUUUUGUAUAUCUAUGCCUUAUGUGCUGUGGUUUUUAACUCUUUUGGUUCUGGAGAUAAAUUUACAUUAGGAGUAGAGAUUUGUAUCGGUAUCGGCGCCGAUCCAGACGUUUUUGGCGGAUCAGGUAUUGGCCGUAGGAUAUGUGACCGAUCCAUGUCACAUAUACUUACUCGUUUAGUUAUUGGCAGUCUCUAAAAACCAUAAUUCCUAUUUUGUGUUAGAUCUAUUUGUACAAUCAGUCGCACAACAGUUCUUUCACAUUUUAGAUGGCAAAAAAAAAAAUUCUUUGAGGUGGGAGUAGCGUUUAAUGACACAUCCAACUAAACAAAGCACACGCAAUUGUGUGAGACAACGUGAGCAAUAUGAAAAAAGGCAAUGUAUGAUUUGGGAGUUGCUGUCCCGGGCUGUUAAAAAAAUAUGAAUAUAUAUAAAGUAUAAAUAUAUAUUACACAUUUAUUAUAUUAAAAUAUUAAAGUAAUAGGAGGUCUUGUAUCAGAAUCUGUAUCAGCAUCAGCAGUUGUGUAUCAGAAUCAGAUCGUAACUGGAAAAAUGUGGAUCGGCGCAUCCCUGAUUGGGAGUCACUCCCUUAGAAGGGGGCUAAGGUGACCAAGUGUGUGUGUCCCCCAUAAUCCAUUUUCUUAUUUCAGCGUGUACAUUAAAAUUUUACCAUGGAAUGGUCAACGAGGCUGGUCUUUCAUUUCCACUUGACUUUUGGCUUCUGAGACGAGUAAAUUUAUUAAAUAUGUAGCAGCUAGACGCGCAAAGGGAACUUCUGUAAGGGUUUUUUCGUUAACCUUUAGUAGCAAGUGUUCAAUUUAAAUCCUGGACCUCGGCAUAAAUUUAUUGCAGUGAUAAGGCAGCUGCAGGCGGGCAGGAGGCUGAAUCACCCAAGUCAAAUACAGCAGCAUCGUGUUCUGAUUGCUCUGAUUGUUCUGAUUGCUCUUAAUUUAGGGAUGUGAGAUGGGAUUUGCCUCUGUUUUGUUUUGCUGCUGUUAUCUUAAUAUGCCUGCUUGUUGUGUGUAUAUAUAUAUAUUGCAUGCGGUUUGCCUGCUUUUUUGGAAUCAUGCUGAUGUGUUCUUGCUAUGAGUGUUUCAGUUUGUGUUUGCUGGAAGUUCAGACCAUCGUAACAAUCUGUUUUGUCUUGUUUCUAUGUAGAUAUCCUUUAAAAAUUGGUGUUAUCUAAUUUGGAUGCAAACUUGGAUAUUAUGAUGUUUGUGGGCAGUAUACAGUUUACACUUGUAAACAUUUCAACAGCGUGGCCUUUCAACUAUGUUCAGAGCAUAAUUAAUUUUUUCACGUAUUGGAUGUUAUUUUGAAAAGUUACCACCUCAGAAACGUUACUUGCACUACAGUAAUAAUGCUGACAAAAUUUGGAGGGUAAGCAUUUGCUUUAUAUGAUUGAUUUCAUGGAAACGAUUUACCGGAGGCCCUGCUUGCUGCCAGCGAUCGCCCGCCUACCUUAAAUAUUUUCUGGCUGGUGCAUAUCUUCAGUGUCCAGAACAUGCAUUUUGCUCAUGGGGCCUCAAGAUGUCACUGUGAGAGAUAUUGCUGUCUGGUGUGAGCUGGCCAGUUGCAGAACUUUCUUGGGCUCGCUGCAGAUCCAUUUUGUUAAAAGCUUCCCAUACUGUAUUAAACCAUACCGAAUGUCUAUUUUCAAUCCGUAAUGUAAGUCUGCCAUUUCAGCCUCCCAAGUUACUUCCUCAGUCUUCUACAGUCACGAUUUUAGUACUUCAUUAGGACCAUAUCCAUGUUCCUUUUUGCUUGCAUUUUAAUUUUCUUGAUUAUCUAUAAAUCUGUGAAUGAAUAUAUCAUGACACAUAUUGAAUAUAUCACGAUAUCAUGAAUAUAUCAUGACACUUAUAAAAAUUAUCCAUUUUAGAACUGCCAGUCGCAAGCAACUGUUAUACUCCAAUCCUAAUUUGUUGCUAUAUGUGAUCAUGUGCUCACAUUUGUUAAUUUGCCUUGCUGUAAAACAUUCUUGCUUUAAAAUUGCUGGUCUGUCUGUCUGAUCAUUAGUUUUGCUGCUAAUCAGGCAGAAAAUUGUGUGUGUGUGUGUUUUUAAAACCUUUACAUAAAAUUCAAGUGGCCACAAGUUACUUUGCUAACUGCAAAUCCAACUGAGUUGUUUCUGUAAAUCAAAUGAAAAGCUGGCAGUAUUGAUUUAAUACAGAUUUAACUGUCAUAAAUAGAGAGUUUUACGUAAAUUUCCAGUUCUGGUGCCUGGUUACUUGGUACUGCCCAGAGGGUUGUUAUCCUGUGAAUUUACAGAAACAAAUCUGUGACAAUACUUUGCUUUUUCCAUCUUUCUCUCACUCUCUUUUUAUGCACUUGUAUUCAUCGUCUUUUCUCCACUGAAAUUUACCCCCCUCCCCCCAUAAAUGCUUCUCUCUGCUUGAGGUGUUUAGUCCUUUUCAGAGGGAGGUGCCUCAAGAAUGUUGUUUUGUCUAUGCGAGUUUCCACUUUGUAUGAUCUUACUCUUCAGACAGUAUUUACUAUUUAUGUAAAUGUCAGUAACUCAAGGGCACUUGUUGUUAGAGCUAGUUGUUAAAAACUUGACUUUUACUUUUAGGGAGUACAGUGGUAAGUUCUCCUGCCAAUGUUUUUUGAAGACAAAAAUCAAAAUAUUGGCUACAGCAUUUUCAGAACAUCACACUAAUUUACUCUAUCAUUUUUGUAAGCAUUUGUAACAUAAACAUUUUUUUUUUUUAUGCAUGAUCGCCUUGGGAUUUUUGAGUGUUUAUUUCAGUGUUUAGUGACGCUCAUUUCAACACAGCUUUCAUUCCAUAUGAUUCAGCGUUCAGUGUCACUGAGGUAUCAAAAUGAAAUGGCAUUUCCUGUCAGCUCUGGGCUCAUAACGAGCUUCUGCAUUAAUUAACCAGCCCUUUCGGUUCUUGUCCUGACCCCGCAUGCAUAAAAAUAUAGCUGAAUAAUCCUCUUUGACUCCAAAGCAGUGUGAUUAAGCUCACGGGUUGAAGAUCAGCUCUUUUUCCACUGAGUGUGUACCUCAUUCAUGUGCUGACAUAAUCAUCACCAUCAUCUUUUUUCACUGAGUGUGUACCUCAUUCAUGUGCUGACAUAAUCAUCACCAUCAUCUUUUUUCACUGAGUGUGUACCUCAUUCAUGUGCUGACGUCACGGUUUUGCACGGCUGCCAGUCCGUGCCGUCGUCCUGCCUUCACGGCAGGCGAGGUGCGCGCUGCACCCUGUGUGCGUGCGUGUUUGAGCCGCAUGUCCGUCUCUGCACAGCGCCUUCUGCUCAUCUGCUCUCACACCUGUCCCCCUCGCUUAUCUCCCUCUCCCCACUGGAUGGGCCUUUUGCUGGGAUCCUCUAAUCACAGGAGCUGGAUGAGCUGGUCGACGACCGCAUGGCUCUGGUGUCGGGGGUCAGUUUGGACCCAGAAGCUGCUAUUGGAGUCACCAAAAGGCUGUCCCCAAAGUGGGUGGAUGGGGUGGAUGAGAUUCAGUAUGACAUCACACGGAUACGGCAGAAGAUGAAGGAGCUCGCCAGCCUGCACGACAAGCACAUGAACCGACCCACGCUGGACGACAGCAGUGAGGAGGAGCAUGCGAUUGAGAUCACCACGCAGGAGAUUACGCAGAUGUUCCACCGCUGUCAGCGCUCUGUGACCGGCCUGCAGACUCGCUGUGGCCACUGCACCCAGCAGGAGGAGCGUCUGCUCCGCAAUGUGGUGUCCUCUCUGGCCCAAAGUUUGCAGGACCUGUCCACCAGCUUCCGGCACACGCAGUCUGACUACCUGAAACGCAUGAAAAAUCGAGAGGAGCGGUCUAAGCACUUUUUUGACACGUCCGGCCCACUUAUGGAGGAGGAUGAAGACAUGGCCCUCUAUGACCGGGGAUUCACAGACGACCAGCUGCUCUUGGUGGAGCAGAAUACAGUUAUGGUGGAGGAGAGAGAGCGGGAGAUCCGGCAAAUCGUUCAGUCCAUCUCAGACCUCAACGAGAUCUUUCGGGAUCUAGCCUCCAUGGUGGUGGAGCAGGGCACUGUACUCGACAGAAUCGACUUCAACGUGGAGCAAGCCUGCGUCAAAACGGACGAUGGAUUAAAACAACUGCAGAAGGCUGAACAAUAUCAGAAGAAGAACCGCAAGAUGCUAUUCAUUUUAAUUCUGUUUGUCAUCGUCGUCAUCCUGAUAAUUGUCCUUUUCGGUGUGAAAUUACGUUAAGUGGGUUCUAUGCUUUUACGGCGUGUUGUGUAUGUGUUCUGUGUGUGUGAAAGUCUUGUGUGUCAUCCAAUCAGAGCUGCCUUUUCCGAAUGUAAAUUGGAUCUAAUCAGCCACUGUACAUGUCUAACUUAAAGCCAGUUGCUGCGUCCUGUUGGCACCUUAUACUUCAAAAGUUCGGGAAUUUGUAAAAAUGCAUGAAUCCAAAGCAGGAGGAUCCCUUUUUAUUUAUUAACUGCCUGCCCCUUUAACCAGGCUGCUCUCAUCUGGAUUAAAAAAAAAAGGUAGAAAGGAUGUUUCCCACCCCAAAAAAGGGGCAGUGACACUGUGGAACAACCGCAUCCCUUGUCUAGUUAGCCAUGACCUCAUGCCACAGCAUGUUUAAAGGCAAAGCACUACACACUCGGCUCGUCCCUGGGCCUCUCAUUGAACUGCAGGCCACCUGCCAUUGCCGGUGGUCGACGAUGGGGCCUGUGGCCUCGCCGAACCGCCUUCCUCCGUUCUUCUCCUUUCUGCAUCUGUGGCUUUCUUAACGAGGUCCAUAUCUUAAUUGACCACGAGAUUUAUUUUGUCGAUUUUUGUUUUGUUUUGUUUUUUCUUUGUGUUUGUUUCAGUCUUGUGAACGUUUGCACACAUGGUUUACACUGAAAAGGAGAUCUAGGGGUGGCACUGCAGUGGUCAACAUCCGCCUGACUACCCGCACCACACGCUCCUCUGCAUUAAGGCCUCCUCCCCUUAUUUGUCUCUCUGGAUCUCUUCAACCGAUGUGCACAUACUGAAAGACUGAGAAGUAUGCUUUCCUCUGUCUGUUGAUACGUUAUUCUGUAUCAUUUCAAAUCAUAUUUAUUUAAAGUCUAAAAUCAAGUUGUAAGUGUAAAAAAUAUAUUAAGUUUUAUGGUCUGUGGCUUCUGAUUUAAUGGGGUUGGUUAAAGAAAAUUGAGCCUGAAGGUGGUAAUGUUAUGAAAGGUCAGCUCGAUUACACACUGAGCAAGCAGCACGGGUCCUGAACAAGGAUAGCUGAUCUUUCAAUGGGAGAAAUGCAGCACAUCUUACCAUACUCUGGUGCUCAUCUCCAUUUAGGGAGGUGAGCGAAAGAUGAAAUAUUUAUUUAGAUGAGAAAGUGUUAAACCUAGGCUUCUGUUCCCAGAGUUCCUCAGAAAGGCGCUUUGAAUCUGUCUCAGCCUCAAAAUUCUCCAGAAUGUUAAGAAAAUGGAGUUUGUUGUAGAUGCUCCGCUCAGUGUUAGAUCAGUCUUUAUCAUUCCUGUUCCUGGGGCGCUCCAAAAACGUGCUUCGCUUGCCCUCCCCCCAAUUAUAAAUGCGUCAUACAUUCAGGGAGUUGUCUCUCACCUUUUCACUGAACAUUAAAAUUGACGUCUUUUCACAUCAAUAUUUCUUCUAUGUGAAUUAAUUGUACAUGACAAAUGCUUGAUGAUAAGUAUACAUUCCCCAGUGUUUCAUUAGCUGGUACUGAUCUGUACUACAUAUAUAAAAGAAAACACAAACGUUUUUUUUUUUUUAACAAUUGGGGAGGGGCGGGUGUUUUACACAUACAUCCCCAGGAACUUUUUUUUUUUUGGUCAAUGUGUUGAACCAAGAGCAACAGCAGCAGAGUACGAGUUCUUUUGGAAUAUUCCACCAUGCGUAGUUUGGUAAAGGUAAACAGACGGUUAAAUCGGGGAUGGUUAAAAUGGCGGAAGACUCAUUUGCUGUACCCUGUUCUAUUUGUGAAAAAUGCCAUGUAAAAUUAUCUAGGCAUUGUAAUUCUGUCUGUGAACAUGCAUUCAAAUGUCAUGAUGGUACUGUAUAUCUGCUGGGGUUUUAUAAAGAUUGUGGAUUUUUAAAAAAAAAUAAAUGCAGAAAUAUUUAUGAUGAUCAUAUUACUUUGAAUAACUGGAUAUAUUGCCUUCUGGGUUACGCUGUUGCGUAGGUAUUUUUACAUUAGCAGGAUAUUAAACAGAUUGACUCCAUAUCGAUUUUCUUGUAGCUUAAUGUUUGUUUUCAUCCUAGUGUUUUGGCUUGGUACAGACAAUGUUUCUUUCAAGCCUUAAUACAAAGUUAUGAAUAACAAUCCCAAAAAACUGGCAUUAGUGUUCAACAAGCAGGAGGGGAUUGUUAUGUAUUUUGAAUGCUAGUUGCAUAUAUUAUGAAAUUGUUGUAUGACUGCACAGUAAAGGAUGUGUUAAGUCUGGCGAUAAAUAGCAAAAUUGAAAUAUGGCACUCCAUGAGACAAUCUUACACAAUAUUAAUUUUGUACUUUUGCAUCACUCCUAAUGAUUGACGAAUUAUAGGAGGUACCUGGGAAACUGUCACAGGAUAACGGGUGUGCUGCUCCGUCCGAGAACCUCUACCUAAAGAGUAUUCCCGUAAAAUACAAACACUGUUCCACUGUGAACUGAAGUCUUUGUGCAAAUGCAUACUGCCUAUUUAAAUCUUAUUGUUCCGGUCAAAUUAUGUCCGUGUUCAAUAAAGAUGACCAUCUGGGUAUUUAAAAGA